CGGCCCCAGCCAGCCCGGUGCGGGCGCCCCGCCGCCGACCCCGCUCUCUGCUCUGGCCCCGCUCCACCGAGCGCCAUGGACACAUAGCCGCUAAGCCACUCAGGAAGAUGCACAGUUCCAUCCCAGGCCUGGGCAGGGUGAUGGUGUUCCUCGCAGCAACCCUGGCUUCAGCCUCCCUCACCGUCGCCAAGGGCUGGGAAGAGGAAGGUGUGCAGUAUGGACAGGUGGGGACGGACAUGACCCUGUCGUGCGCCGGUGCCCAUCCCAGCUUGCCAGUGCAAUGGAGACGAGCAGGUGCCACGGCACUGCCAGAGGGCUCGACCAUCCGGCAGGGCACCCUGGUGCUGCCACACGCCAGUUUGGCCACUGCAGGAACCUACAGCUGCCACAGUGAGGACGGUGGCCUCCUGCACACCGUGUCCCUGCGGCUGGGGCACUUGCCAGGCGUGCCCUUUGUGUCCUGCAGAGCAUCUGACUAUGAGAAUUUCUCCUGCUCCUGGACCUCCAGUGUGGAGACCUUUCUUCCCACCAGAUACAUCACCACCUACAGGAAGAAAUCGCUGACAGGUGAAGAGAAAAGGAGGAACAAGAAUGGGCACGUGGGGCCAUGUUUGCAGGAUCCAUCCCGCCCUGGCACCUGCACUGUUCAUGGAUCAGAGUUCUGGAGCUCCUACCGCCUGAACAUCACUGAGGUGAACCCCCUGGGCUCCAGUUUCCGCCUCCUCGAUGUCACCAUGCAGGCCAUCAUUAAACCAGACCCUCCGGAGGGCUUAGUGGUGGAGCCCAUCCCCCUCGCCCCACGGCGGCUCCGUGUGAGCUGGAAGUACCCCUCCUCCUGGCCCAAGGAACCCCACUUCCAGCUCAGAUUUCGUCUCCAGUACCGGCCUGUCAUCCACUGCUCCUGGUCUGUGGUGGAGACAGUGAACCUGUCUGAGGUGAUCACAGAUGCCUUUGCCGGGCUGGAGCAUGUGGUCCAAGUCAGCGCCAAGGAUUUCCUGGACGCAGGAAAUUGGAGCGAGUGGAGCGCUGAGGCCCGGGCAACACCAGCCACAGACCUGGUCACCACAGCAAGUAAAGAAACCACUACAGAUGGCAGCCAGGAGAACCUGGCUGAGGAACCUUCCCAGGCUCCCAACCCUGAGCCCAUCAACCACAGUGAUCCUCUGGAGAAAAUGGCUGUCCUAGUGUCUCUUGGGGUCUUUGCCUUCUUCAUCCUGGCUUCUGUUCUUGUGAUCACCACCCUCAUCUGGCUCCGAGUGAGGAAACACGGCAAGGACAACACCAAACCCCACAACUUCUUGGUUGCUGCCACCCACUUGAAGGCGCUGCCCAAGGCACAGAUUCUGUAGUGAACCCUGGCCCAUCCCUGUUCCCUGUACCCGCUCACCCAUGCGUGGGACUUGAUGCCACUGCUGGUUCCCAAGGACCCCACGCCUCCUGGGUCCCCAUGGCUGUAGAUAUUGCUGGAGCCCCUGUCAACCUGGAGGUGCAGGAUGGAUCCUAAGGAGAGAAGCUCUGCUGCCAGGAGCUUUGGGCUGCCCGUGCCCGUCGGGAGCUGGCUGGAGGCACCUUGAACUUGGGGCGAUGGGCCAGCCCCACCGCUGACCGCUGCUGAACACAUGGGGAUAAGAUGCUGAGCCAGUCCCACUUCACUGCCUAAUGUCAUGGGGGACCAUGAGUGCAGGCUCCCAAGAGUGCCUUGCCUAUCACUCCCCUCCAGCUGCCAGCAGGCAGAAGGGACACCUUCUUCACCCCCAUCCCUCUCCCCACCUGACCCGUGCUGUGACUGGACUGUACAGUCUUGCCAAUAAAGGGGAUAGCGUUGGCACUGCCCAGGCAAGAAGA